AGUGGGUGGCGUUGUUGUGUGUGUGCGUGUGCGUGGGGAUGGAGAGAGAGGCGCAGAGCUGCUCGCCUGCUGCUCCCGUGUCUAACGCGAUGACAGCUGAUCCAGUCUCUUACCGCCGGGCUUCGCUGCCUCCUCUCACCGGGCUCUGUUGACCUUCACGCCGCAGCGACGACGCGCUUCUUCCGGGAGGAGGGGGGGGAAAUAACAAUGACUGUGGGAGGAGGCGCACCUCCACCUCCACCUCCACGGCCGCGGGACGCGUAGCCGCCGUUCAAAAAAAAAAAAAAAGUUGUGUCGCCGCGUUGAAGAGGAGGCAACUCCACAUCACCGGGCUGCAGAUAUAUAUAUAUAUAUGUGGGUCUGACUCGCUCCGACGGCCUCACAACCGCGUUUCGCUCAGGGCGCACGACCACUUUCCAGGUUAUGAGUAAUGGAAGCAGGGUCGGUGGUGCGUGCCGUGUUCGAGUUCCUCCCCAGCGUCUCCGAGGAGCUCCCGCUCUUCACCGGCGAUGUCAUCGAGGUGCUCAGCGUCGUGGAUGAGUUCUGGUUGCUCGGUAACAAAGAUGGCGUCACAGGUCAGUUCCCCAGCACUUUUGUGGAGGAGGUCACGAUUCCCAGCACGAAGCCCGGAGACAGACUGUACGUGUGCAUCAGCGAUUUCAGCUCGGCGGAGCCGGGGAAUCUGUCCCUGAAGAGAGGUGAUGUGGUGGUGGGAGAGGCGGGAGGGUCCACGGACCUCGGGGGAACCUGGCAACGCGGCUGCAACGUCUGGGGCGUCCGCGGCCUCUUCCCGUCGUCGUGCGUGAAGGAGCUGAACCUCUCCGGACGCUCCCGGCAGCUCUCGGAGCGCUCGGCCCAGGCCCAGGCCUCGGAGCUGCCCCCCUACGCCCUGGGCCAGGCCCGGGCCCUCAUGAACCUCCACGCGCAGCUCAACGAGGAGCUGGACUUCCGCGAGGGCGACCUGAUCAUCAUCACGGGCCUCCCCGAGCCCGGCUGGUUCCAGGGGGAGCUGGAUGGCCGCCGGGGGAUGUUCCCGGAGGGGUUCGUGGAGCUCCUCGGCCCCCUUCGGUCUCCUCAGGAGUUUUUAGAGAACGAGCCCCGAGAAUAUAUCUACGAGGACAAUUACGACGCAGGAGAGGGGACGGAGGAGGAAGGUGCGGACGAGGGUGAGGUUUUUCUGAGAGAGGUAGAAGAAGAAGAAGAACACAAGGAUGCAGAGGUGGAAGUAGAACAUGAAUUAGAGGAGGAGGAGGAGGAAGGUUUAUACGGAGUGGCUUUGUAUGAGUUUCGGGCCAUGGAGCCAGGCGAGUUGGACUUUGACGUGGGAGAUCGCAUUCGCGUGCUGAGCACUUUGGAGGACGGUUGGCUGGAGGGGGAGGUGCGAGGCCAACGGGGAAUCUUCCCUCAUCGCUUUGUCAAAAUAGAGGAUAACGGUGUGAAAGCUGCAGAGGAGACGAGCGCUGCUGAAGUAGAAGAAGAAGAGGAGGAGGAGGAGGAAGAGGAGGAGGAGAAGGAGAACAUCUGCACUGAAUACAGCUCGGAGAAGGAUCCCGAGUGGAGGACGUACGAGGAUCACACAGUGUGGGACCUGGACUACUUCGAGAGGACGGAGCAGAAGAGGUGGCACGAGGAAAAAAGCGCAGAGACUAAUAAUAAUAACACGAGGCAGAGGGGUGGGGGUACGAGGCCUCAGGUUUCUCAGCCGCAUAGACCCGUCGCUCCAGCUCACCGGGGGCCCGAGAGACCCAGGUCCACCCCUCCAGCGAGGCCCCGACUCCCGCCUCGGCCCAACCUGCCUGCGCGUGGCCACAGGCAACACGUUCGCCCGGAGUCCGGCAGGAAUCAGCCGGGCCACACCAACGGCAACGCUCGACCCUUACAGCCGAGACUAACUCACAGCCUGACGCUCCCCAGCUCUCAGUCCGGCUGGUCCAGAGACACAAACAAGCAUCACCAGAGGCCACCGGCCGAGUCCUCCAGCAACAGAGGCCUCAACAGUCUCAGCCAGGCGUUGAUGAACGUCGUCGAGGGCCACAUGCAGAAGAAGCUAACGCGCCACGCCAGUGCGAGCGAUGCGGACAUGUUAGCGCGCAGGAACGAAGCGGCGCAUCACCCCCAGCGGACGACGACGCGAGGCUCCAACGGGACGAUGCCGACGUCCGUCACUUUAGAGGCUCUGGUGACUUCGGCCAGUGACCUGGAGACCAAACUGACCCAGCAGCUGUUUGAGUUUGAGAAAAGCCUGACUACUUCGCACAGCGACACCAGCGUGGGCUCCGAACCGAACCAGCCGGCCCACGUCUCGCGCCACUUUUCCAUCCUGGACUUCAGCGACGAACGCGACAUCAUGCGAGGCUCUGCCCACUCGCCCGUGUUGAACUCCUCCUCUUUGGAGAGACGCAGGACCCUCCGGCCUCCGCCUCCCCGUCCCAGAAUCCUUCGCCCCCCGGCCCCGGCUCCGUACAAACCAGCCCGCCCCGCCCCACGCCCUCCUCCGCGAUGCCCCCGACAAAACGCCGCCCCUCCAACGAGGAGCUCCCUCGCCCACAGCCCAAUCUUCUACACCCCGGACGAGCCGCCAACGAACCCCCUCGACCAGAUAACGGAAGGCGAGGCCGAGUUCGGGGACCUCGCCGCCGCCCAGGAACGAGAAAUCCAGCGGCAGCUGGAGGCCGAGCAGGAGCUGGAGAAAGAGAUGGAGGCGGAGGAUCAGAGGCGGAGGGAGGAGGAGGAAAGGUACCAGCUGUUGCUACGGCUACAGGAGGUGGAGCACGACAUGGAGGCGUACGCGCGCACGGCGGAGGAUCUCAGGGCGAUGCUGGAGGAGGAGGAGGAGGAGGAGGCGGCCCGCGUGCAAGCCCUGGAGAACCUGGAGUUCUGUAACUACACACUGGAGACGCUGGCACUGGAGCAACAGCAGCUUCAAGAGAUGACGCUGCUGUCGUCUCAGCCCAAACCCCUCGACUCCGCCCCGGUUUCCGAGGCGACACCGGCCGCGGGAACGGGAACGGGAGCGGAGGACCCGGACCUGAGGAUGCUGGAGAAGAGGUCGAAGGUCAUCGAGGAGCUGCUGCAGACGGAGGAGGACUACAUCAAGGACCUGGAGAUGUGCGUGGAGGAGAUCGUCGAGCCUCUGCAGAAGAAGCAGGUGAAGAACGUGGACUUUGACGGACUCUUUGGCAACAUCGGCUCCGUCAUCGACCUGUCGCAGCGUCUGAACGACAGCCUGCGCGAGACCGACUCUAUAGGGAAAGUUUUCCUGGACUUCAAGUCCGAGCUGGAGGAGGUUUACAAGCUGUACUGCCAGAACCACGACGACGCCAUCUCUCUGCUGGAAACAUACGAGAAGGACGAAAACAUCCAGCGCCACGUGCUCGAGUGUCUGGAGAGACUGAGGGCCAUAUACCGCGACUGGGGUAAGACGAAUUACAUCAACCUGGGCUCCUUCCUGAUUAAGCCGGUGCAGCGGGUGAUGCGUUACCCGCUGCUGCUGAUGGAGCUGCUGGGGGCUACGCCCGAGAGCCACCCGGACCGGGCCCAGCUCGUGAGGGCCGUGCAGUCGGUCAAGGAGAUCAACGUCAACAUCAACGAGUACAAACGCAGGAAAGACCUCGUGGUGAAGUACAGGAAGGGGGACGAGGACACGUUCAUCAACAAGAUCUCCAAGCUGAGCAUGCACUCCAUCAUCAAGAAGUCGAACCGAGUCAGCAGCCACCUCAAGCACCUCACGGGGAUUUCACCUCAGAUUAAAGAUGAAGAUUUCGACGAGGCCGAAAAGAGGUUCCGUCUGCAGGAGAGACUCAUCAAGUCUUUCAUCAGGGACAUUUCGUUGUACCUGCAACACAUCAGGGAGUCGGCCUCAGUGAAGGUUUUGGCGGCCAUGAGUUUCUGUGACAUCUACACAGAUCGCAGUACGCCGGACCCCGAGCGCUUCCACCGAGCUCACCGCAGCAUCAGCGACAAACAGUUCACGCAGUUCAAGGAGCGCACGGAGGCCCUGGUCAUCAGCCCGCUCACCCAGCUCCUCGUCAUGUUCGCCGGGCCCCACAAACUCAUCCAGAAGCGCUUCGACAAGCUGCUGGACUACGACAACUGCAAGGAGCGCGCCGACCGCCUGAAGGACCGGCGCGUCCAGGACGAGCUGCAGGCGGCGCGCAACAACUACGAGGCGCUCAACGCGCAGCUCCUGGACGAGCUGCCCAAGUUCCACAGCGCGGCGGAGGAGCUGUUCACGGGAUGCGUCAGAGCCUUCGCUCAGUCCCAGAAGGAUUUCAUGAGGACGACGCUCGGGGAGCUGAAGCCUCUCCUGCAGGUGUUUUCUAACAGAGCCUGCAAAGAGGGCAACCUGAUUGUGCAGUUUAAUGAGGAGCACGGUCGAGUCCUUCAGCUCCUCCAGAGCUUCAGCUUCUGCCCCGAGAACCUGCCCCCGGCCGCAACCACCAAGAAGCCCUUCGAGAAGAAAACGCUGGAGAAGCCGACGUCUAAAAAGCAACAAGGACCUCCAAACUGCAUCGCACAGACAGACGAGCACCGUUCAGGACUCAUCGUCCGCUACGGCCCCGAGAAACUGUUCCAGGCUGAGAGGAACUUCAACGCCGCCCAGGACCUGGACGUCUCUAUUUCGGAGGGAGACCUCGUGGCUGUAAUCAAGCAGCAGGACCCCAUGGGAAGCAACUGCCGCUGGCUAAUUGACAACGGAGUCACCAAGGGUUUCGUGUACAGCUCCUUCCUCAAACCCUACAACCCGCGGAGGAGCCAGUCCGACGUGUCCAUCGAGAGCCAGUCGUCCAACGAGUCGGGCUACGGCGGCUCCUCCCCGGUCUUCUCCCGCCAGAACAGCAACAGCACGCUGACCUUCAACCAGGAGACGGCCACCGUCAGCUUCACCGCGUCGCAGCCCCCGACCCACUCCUCGCCGCACCCGUCCCUGGACUCCGCCUCCUCCCGCAGGAGUCACCCGAGAGACGUGCCCAACGCCGCCGACCCCGUCAGCCAGAGCAACUCCAUGAACUCCUCCUCGCCCAGGAAUCAUCCGUCGUCGAACCGCCGGGACUUCACAGACCACAGAGGCGUCCCCGGCCACAGAGACGCCGAGUCCUCUUACAGGCACUCACAGGGGAAUCACAGGGACUCGUACGAGACGAGCUACGGACACAAGGAGACGUCGGACCUCUCGGAGACGGACUCUUGUCCUUCGCAGAGGAGCGGUCGUUCGCAGCGUUACGCACAGACGGACAAAACCUACCAGUACAGAAAUGGAGACAGCCAGAAGAAGUACCCCAGAGAGGAGUACAUCGAGCCGGAGCCGGAGCCAGAACCCGAAGUUGAACUAGACGGUCAUCAGAUUUAUUACGCUCUGUACUCCUUCACCUCCCGAUGCGCCAACGAGCUCAGCAUCUCGGCCAAUCAGCGGCUCCGGAUCCUGGAGUUCAAGGACAUGAACGGCAACGGCGAGUGGUGGCUGGCGGAGGCGGAGGGCCGGCGAGGAUACGUGCCUUCCAACUACAUCCGCAAAUCAGAGUACACAUGAUUGAUCGAGUGCACGACUCACGGGACUUCGGCCUUAAGAAGACUCACUCCCCCCGAGAGCAGACGGAACAAAAAAAAAAGACAAAAAAGGAGCAUGUCGACACGCUGUGAUGGGAGAUUGUUGUUAGUGGAGACGACUGACUUAGAAACACAGCAGUAUAUGCCUAUAUUUAUAGAUUUUUUUAAUAUUAUUUUUUACUGACUGGAAACUUCCCCCCUUUUUUUUUAGUUUCCAGUGUGAAAACCUGUGAAUUGCACCAGAUUUCUGCCAUAUUCUCUAAUGGAUUGUACGUUGAAGAGAACAGUCUUAAAGUUUAGCACAUUGGGAGAUUGCAAUGGAAACGUGAGCAUUUUGGGUUCAGACUGACAGACCUAAAAAACUACACCGUGUUAAUUACUUCUUUUUUUUUUAUUUUAUUUUUAUUAUUUUGUUCUGCAUGUGGUUUAUUACACCACUGUGAUGGCGCAUGAUGAUGAUGGAUUUACACCGUACUGCUCAACAAUCAACGUUUUGAGGCACUUAACGAUGGUUGCGAGGUUGAAGUGUCUGCAGAGCCAUCCGGACAAGUUUUCGAGUGUUUGUGUGUACAAUGAAUAUCAUGAAAAGCACUCCUUUCUAAACUGUAACCUAGAUGCCUACAUUUUUUUUUACUGGGUUGACUCGGGUCAACGCCUACACAACUCUUCUCCACAGGCUCCUCUUGUAAAUUUAAAGAUAUACUGUAUAAUGCUGUACAUGGAGAAUAUGCUAAUAUGCCCACUGUAAAAUGAUCAGUUUGAAUAAAAAAAACAAAAGCUCGACUGACAAAGUA